AUGUCCGGAUCAAGCGACCCCCGGCUCUUCUUCAGCCUCGACAAUGUGCGGGCAUACCACAUCCAGAACGGCGAAGAGACAGACCUUACCCCCUCGGGGCCCCAGACGCUGUCUCUCCUGAUGGUACCUACUACCAUCCCCCUGAUAGACCCUGCCAACCCAGAAGCCGUGUCCAACAACACCCAGGAAGACUUCUACCUGCACCUCCACCUACCUCCAGAGCUUGAGCUGCCGCUGCCUGCCACCACCCAGGUCUACCACCAGCCGCCAGACAGCUACCUGAUCCCACGAUGGGACCUGGGACCCGAGGCCGGUGCGUUCACCCGUAUCCAGUUCCCCAAGAUUGGAAACGGGCCGGGAAUGGUAUCACAGGAGGACGUGGACACGUUUGAGACCAUCCUUGCACAGUGUACGGCUUUCCUUGAACGGUCGCCACCGCCAAAGCAUCAGUAUAAGAAGCAGCAGGGAGGGUACAACCCUGCCACUUAUGCGCCGGGAGAAGGCUAUGCUGGGACCGGAGACGAGAAGAACGGCCAGAUCGUGCUAGUCGACGAGGAGAACGGGAGCGUCGUUGGUGAGCUUACCGAGGGGUUCAAUGUCGUGCAGUCGACGGACGUGAAAGCUGGAUCGAAAGACCCCGUUCAAAUCCAACUACCCGAUCACGGCAACCAGAUCACCAUCAGCAAUGCGCCGCCAGAAUACCUUCAGAUGGCCAGCCACCCGGCGUACGCAAAGUCGUCGCUCGUCCAGGGCUCGGCAAUGGCCUCUCGCCUCCUCGUCACCACCUCCGAGGCGCUCGCCAGUAUCCUAAACUCGGGCGCAGACAGCUUCACGAAGAGCACCAAGCCCGUCGCCAAACCCAUGACCUUCUCGCCAUCCGCGCAGGCGCACAUUCGCAAAAUCAACUACUUCUCGCAGUCCGCUGCUGGCCUGUCGUCCAAGACGGUCGGCCAGCUGGGUAAAUAUGCGCAGAACUUCGGCGCGGCGCUAACACGUAGGGGCGAUCGCGACCCCCAUAACAGAGGCUACGACAUCAACGGCAAGCCGAUACCAAACUACAAGCCCGGUAUUCUCAACAAGUCGAUGAUUGCGAUUUCGACGCUCGGCGACGGACUCGACCACAGCGCGCGCCAGCUCCUGUCUACCAGUUCCAUGGCCGCUUCCAAGGUCAUGGGCCACCGGUACGGAGAGGAAGCGCGCGUGGUGACUAACGAUCUAACCGGCGGCGUCAAGAAUGUCGGUCUGGUCUACAUCGACGCAAUGGGGGUGUCUAGACGUGCGAUCCUCAAGUCCGUCGCCAAGGGGAUGGUGGUUGGUCGCAUGAAGGACGGCCAGCAGCUUGUUGUUGGCGGAGGAGACGGCGGCGGACAGCUUGGAUCUGGACCCGGAUCGGGCAUUUCCUCUCCGCACGGGAAGCCAGAAUCAGGUCUCUCUGCGCCAUUUGGAGCAUCAGCAUCAGCAGGACCGAUGUAUCGUGCUCAGUCGCCUGCGCCGCCGCCAGCGUAUGGGAGCAAGGGAGGACAGCUGUUGGGCAGCACACCAAAGAACGGCCACGAUAAAUUCCAGUAA